UGGGCACAGCUGCACUUAACUCCCAAGCCUGACUCUACUUGGCCAAGUUCUUACCUUUCCCUGGGUUUGGCUUGCACUUUCUCAUCAGGUCUUCCUCCUCUGAGGUAGGAAAAUUCCAUUGGCUUUAAGGAGGGAUAGCACAUAGAAGAAAAAAUAUGAAGCAGUAACUGUGAAGCCUGAGCAAUGGAACCUGGCAGCCCCAACCCAACUCAGUUUAACUCAGCCUCACCAAACCUGAUUCCAGACUCAUGGCACCUGAACUUGCUGCAGCUCUCUGAUCCCAGAAUCCUCUUCAAUUCCAGCUAGAAUGCUGUGUCUGGCACUUCGCAGAUUUGGUCAAAAGCUGGUACGCAGACAUAUGCUGGAGGAAUAUGCGGCCGAUAUGGGCCCUGACAGAAGACUGACCACCCUAGAUUUAGUGGCCCUGGGUGUGAGCUGCACAGUGGGUGUAGGUAUAUAUAUCCUGGCUGGUGAGGUGGCUAGAGAUAAAGCAGGACCAUCCAUCGUGAUCUGCUUGUUGGUGGCCGGCCUAUCUUCUGUGUUGUCUGGGCUGUGCUAUGCAGAGUUUGGUGUCCAGGUUUCCUAUUCUGGCUCUUCAUAUCUCUACAGCUACGUCACUCUAGGUGAACUCUGGGCUUUCAUCACUGGCUGGAACCUCAUCAUCUUCUUUGUUGCUCAUACAGCCACUGUGGCCCGGGCUUGGACCUUAGCUUUCGACAAUCUGCUUGGGAACCAGAUAUCUCAGACCCUGCAUGAGAGCAUCUCACCUAAUGUUCCCCAGGUCCUUGGAGAAAUUCUAGGAUUCAUUGUUGUGGGCCUUGUGUUGCUGCUCAUGGAAUUGUUGAUUCUGAGGAGUAGUUGGAUUUUCCUGGUUUCCAAAGUGGUCAUAUUGGUGAAACUUUUGACCCUCAGUUUUGUCAUCAUUGCUGGCUUCAUUAAGGGGGACUUGCACAACUGGAAGCUCACAGAAGAGGACUACGUAAAGGCUGGACUCAAUGACACCUCAAGCUUAGGCCCUCUGGGCUCUGGAGGAUUUGUGCCUUUUGGCUUCAAGGGGAUUCUCCGUGGAGCAGCUACCUGUUUCUAUGCAUUUAUAGGUUUCACUAUUAUUGUUACCAGAGUCGAAGAAGCCCGAAAUCCCCAGUAUUCUGUCCCCAUGGGCAUUGUUAUUUCACUGUUCAUCUGCUUUUUGAUGUAUUUUGGUGUCUCUUCAGCACUUACACUUAUGGUGCCUUACUACCAGCUCCAACCUGGGAGCACCUUGCCUGAGGCAUUUCUCCAUGUUGGCUGGGCCCAUGCCUGCUAUGUUGUAACUUUUGGAUUCCUCUGUAGUCUUUCCAUCAGCAUCUUUGGCUUUAUGUUCCCCAUACGUAAUCUUAUAUACAUGAUGACACAGGAUGGGCUCCUGUUCCCUGUCCUUGCCAGGAUCCAAACUGGCACAGACACCCCCAUCGUGGCCACUGUGAUCUUGAGCAUUAUUGCAGCCAUCAUGGCCUUCUUCUUUAGACUCACUGAUCUUGUGGACCUCAUGUCAGUUGGGGCCCUGCUAGCUUACUCUUUGCUGGCUACUUGUGUUCUCAUCAUCAGGUAUCAGCCUCAGAGGAGGACUGGAGGAAAUGAAGCAGAGGUACAGGAGGAGAAUGGACCUGCAGCAGAGAAGCUGACUCUACAGGCACUACUUUUUCCAGGCAGCUCCACCCCCACUCCACUCUCUGGCCAGGUUGUCUAUGUUUGCUCCUCACUGCUUGUUCUGCUGCUCACUCUUCUUUGCCUGGUGCUGGCCCAGUGGCCAGUUCUGCUUUCUGGAGACCCAGUGUGGAUUUCAGUGGUUGUGGUGCUCCUGGUGCUCAUCAUUGGGAUCACUGGGGUCAUCUGGAGACAGCCACAGAACUCCAGUCGCCUUCACUUUAAGGUCCCUGCUCUGCCUCUCCUCCCACUACUGACCAUCUUUGUGAAUGUUUGCCUUAUGAUGCAGAUGACAGCUAACACCUGGGCCCUGUUUGGUGUCUGGAUGCUGAUUGGGUUUGCUAUCUACUUCAGCUAUGGGAUCCAGCACAGCCUGGUCAAUUAAUCCCACUUCAAUUAAGGUCAGAAGUGUACACCUUGAACUCAUUAAUGCCAGUACAGAUUUGGCUUGGCAUCAUCACAUGUGAGUGCAGUCAGGUCCCCCUGCAUAAUAUGGAGAGUACUCUUGAGCACAUGGAAAGCUGGACCUCCAUGGAAUGGUGGUAGGGGAAAGAGCUCUGUGUGUAUUGUGAAGAAUGUGUCUUCUCCUCCUAUUUUUUUUUCUUUUUUUUACUUGUGUACUUUUUAAUUGUGUCUGUACUGCAUACUGACUUUAAACAAGUUAUUAUUACAAGAAACUAGAAAAAAGUGUGUUUGUUUUCUUUGGGUAAAUAUCCAAUAGCAGAAAUACUGGAUCAUAUGGUAGUUCUACAUUUAAUUUUCU